CCGAUAUGAACAGUGCUUAGGGAUCUUUAUCUCCACUCAUUUUUGCACAGGUAUAGGCAAAUAAGAAAGAAAACAUAGGAGUUCUGUGGCUAAUCUCGUUUGUAUUGUUUACAUUUGCUUGGUGUUCGUACCUACCUCACCUGCCUUGUACUUUUCUUCCAUUUUUCUGUGUAUUUGUCGUCUGAAAGCAGCGAUGUCGACCCAGCCCAACUCCGGCGGGGCUGCGAGAAAGCAGCACCGGGGAAGAAAGCCUUACCCGAUCUCCCUGAAGCUAGACAUCAUCGAAAAAUACGACUCGGGCAUGAAGAUGAGCGACAUCGCUAAGGUGGCUGGGAUAGCGAAUUCGACCGUCACCACCACCGUCAGGGAUCGGAAUCUUAUUAAGGCUGCUGCCGCCAAGGAAUUGACAGGCGGAAAGCCCAGUAAGACGCCUUCAAAGACGUCCCGACUUUUGGCUGAGAUGGAGAGGCUCCUGGAUCGGUGGAUACAUGACAUGAAGGAGCAGGAUAAGCCACCAAGCUUCACGCAGAUUCAAGAGAAGGCCUUUUCUAUCCUGAGGGCCAUUGAAAAGAGGACUGGCACUCGGAUCAAAACCUUCACAGCUAGUGCAGAUUGGUAUAAGGAAUUUAAGAAGCGCUUAGGCAUAGAUCACAGAAAGCGUAUGGCUGAGGCGUUUCAAUUGAAUCUUAGAAAAAUAAUUGAAAAGGGAGAUUACUUGCCCGAACAAAUCUUUAAUGUUGCUAAGACUGACCUCUUCUGGAGGCGGAUGCCUGCCCAAAAGGACAGUAAUGAGGAUGAGAUACGUAUCCCAGGUUUAUUGGGAGAAGAGGAUCGCAUCUUGCUGAGUUUUGGUGGCAAUGUAAGUGGGGAUUGCAAGCUUAAACCCUUGGCUGUUUACCAUGCUAGUAAGCCUGGUGCUAUUAAGGGUAAGUCCUCUGAAAACUCUGUCAUCUGGAGAUAUAACAGGAGAGUGAAGAUGACGGAUACCAUUUGCACAGACUGGUACAUCAACCAUUUCAUCCCGGAUGUUAAAAAUUAUUGCAAAGAAAAGGACAUUCCUUUCAAAAUUAUCCUUGUUAUGAGCAGUGCUCGAGAACAUCCCCAAAGCCUUGAUUAUUACCAUCCUGAUGUUAAGGUUCUUUACUUUUACCCCCAAAGUGCUCCUGCUAUACAGCCAAUGAGUCAAGGUAUACAUCAAGCAUUUAAGGCCCUUUACUAUCAGCUUUCUUAUGAGCAGGCCAGAAAGGCAGUACAAAAAGAGGAUGGAACUACUUUCUGUGGUUUCUGGAAGUCAUACAACAUUCUCGACUGCAUUGACAAUGUUAUUACGGCAUGGGAUAAAAUUACCUCUAAGUGUAUGAAUGUCGCCUGGCAUAAGUUAUGCCCUCAGUUUGUGUCAGAUUUUGAAGGCUUGACCGAAAUGAAAGAAGCAGAAAGAAAAUGUAGAGAGAUCGUUGACGUGGUAGAAGUCGCCAUUAGCAAAGAAAUUGUUGAAACUUGUGCAGAGGUGAAGACCCGUGAUGACGAGGUUCCUGUGGAGGAUACUAAUGUGGAGGAGGAGCCUAAGCAAGGAGAACCAACAGACAGGCAUGCACUGUUUCCUCAUAGUGACAGGGUGAAGUUGGAGAAAUGGUUUAAAGUCUUAAAAAUGGACAGGAAGAUGCUUAUAAGACCCUCUCAGCAGCAUUCCACUCACUCUACGAAUGAGUCCUUUGGCAAAACUGGACAGACUGUCCCCCUGAGAAGUCAUGCAGUACUCACUUUGCCUGACUCUCAGCUACAUUCCACUCACUCUACAAACGAGUCCUUUGACAGAACUACACAGACUGCCUGUACGAGAAGUCGUGCAGUCCCCGCUUUGUCUGGCUCUCCAGUGCACCAUCAGAAUAAGGUCGAGUUAUCUGAGCACAGGGAUGACUCAAAGGAUGAGCCGGGGAGCCCAAAUUAUAUGGAUGAGGAUACCAACAGCACAUACGAUCAGGAUGGAAGCAUUGAUGAAAUUUCCAUAAAAGAAGAAAACAAUUUGGAUGACUUCAGUGUCUUUGUAAAUGAAGACGUCACCGAGGAGUGCAAAGAAAAAGAGCAAGAAGAAGAGCAAGACCCUCUCGGGGAACUCCAGUGUCCACAGGACGACAACUCCAACCAAGAUUGUAACCGUCUUCCAGGGAAUAAUUUCAAGUAUCAUGAGACAUUGAAGCUGCUGGAAAUAUAUAAAAGAAAGCUUCCGGAACUAAAGUCCCGCAAGAUUACCAUGGGGACAUAUUGGCAGGAGAUAGAAAAAGAGAUGCAGGCUUGUGGGUUUGCCUGCGAUGGGGACACAUGCAGUAAAAAAAUGGGGAGAUUGAAACGCAGUUACAAGUACAUCAAGAAAAACUGCAAAACGACAAGGAGCUCUUGGAAGUAUUUCGAGAUUAUGGAUGAUAUUUUUGGGGAUUCAUUUGAUCUGGAAAAAACGGCAAACCCAGAUGCAGAACCUGAGACCGAACAACCAUCAACCUCAGCAACUGGCGCGCAACCUCGUACAUUGGCAGAGAGCCCAUCAACACCAACACCCACUCUGACACCUGCAUCUGAGAGGACGUUAUCUUGCCCACCAUCUCCAGUGUAUAUGACAACCUCACCUUCUCCACCUCUCCAGCCUACACCAGUUGCAGCACCGCCUCCAACAAAAAUGACUGGAGCACAGGAUCCUGCAGCGGUGCCCGAGAGUAGUAACAAGAGGAAGAGGACGGAAGACCCAACAAAUGACCUUGGUGAAUUUCUCAGUGACCAGGCUUACAGAUUGGAAAAACUGGUUAACAUUGCUGAGAAAAGGAACCAGAUAAUGGAAGCAUGUAUGAACCAAAUGUUACAAAAUCAGCAGAUGCAACUACAACAGAUACAAAUGCUUCAGCGACAGCAGAAUAUUUUGCAGCAGCAACAGGAACAGAGGCAGAGAGCCCAGGAAAGAUUACAAGAACAGCAGAAACAACAGUAUCAGGAAAUGUUAAAUUUGCAGCGACAACAGUUCUUGAUUAUGAGACAGCAGUUAAAACAAGAUGUUAACCCACUUAAGAUGGGUAUCCCACAAAUGAGACACCCAGAAAAAUAAACAUUACUGGGCGUCCCGCUGGUGCAACGCUCUAUUGAAGCUUGUGCUCUGAUUUUGUCACCUGUGGCAGGAGGCGCACAGGCAGGUUCCCAGACUCGCCCGCUCGCUGAUUUUUAAGCUGCCCGGAAAUUAUUAUUUUUGGCUUGAAAAUGUACCAUCGUUAGUGGGUUAAAGAAAGGAAUUAGUAAAGAACCAUUAUUAAUUAAUUUAAAUAUAUUGUUUUCAUUCAGGAUUUACUUUUCGCAAGUUCUCAAUAUGCAGUACCAAUAGGGAAAUAUAUAUAUAUAUAUAUUUUUUAUAUGUAAUGUUCUUCAUUUUGAAAUAAAAGUUCAGUACAAGCACUUUUUUCCUCAUAUAUUAUUAAAUUUGUAUGAUGUAGUUAUUGGAUAUACCAUGGUAAUAAUUACAGGGAAAUUAUACAGUUUCAUGGGAGAUAUAAAGUUUAUUGUCCGAUUUUAUAUAUAAAAAUAUUUAAAGUAUAUAAAGAUUUGACAUAAGGUUUUUCCUAAGCAUAGAGACUCAAAUGGUAACAAAUUCUGCAAAUAUAGAUCGGCUGGUGGGUUUCUCUCUCUCUCUCUCUCUCUCUCUCUCUCUCUCUCUCUCUCUGUCUCUCUCUCUCUCUCUCUCUCUCUGUUAUAAAAUAAAUUAACAUUACAAUCUGGUUAACAACAGUUAAACAUUCAACAGUUGAUAAGGAAUUCAACAAAAAGAUUACUUAAAUCUGAGAAUAAU